AUGGUAACUCCAUACAGGGAGACCAAGAGCAACUUCCUGCUCUCAACCAGGCCGGCCGCGCUCCGCAGGAGGAACGCUGCAAGGACAGGCGAGCAGCCUGAGGAGAAAAGGCAGAGCUUGGAAUUCCAUGAAGCAGGAGCGGAGCCCUGCGGCUGCCCCAGGCAAAGGCCAACGGGCCCCGCGGGCGUCAAGCAGCCUGAUCCCGCGCGCCACCAACAGGUACUUCGGGCGCCGGAGGAGAUUUACCUCAGGAGCUGCGCAGCGAGGCCGGGCGCGCUGCCGGCGGCUGCCCCGCAGAGCGGCGCCCGCGAGGAGGCGCCUGGCCCGCCUCGCUCACCGCUGUCCCCUGCAGCCUUCAUCUCCGUGUCCGGGGACUGCCCGCUGCACCUGGACGAGAUCCGCCACUUCCUGAGCCUGUGCCCGGAGCUGUCCCUCGGCUGGUUCGAGGAAGGGCGCCUCGUCGCCUUCAUCAUCGGCUCCCUCUGGGACGAGGACAGGCUCAGCCAGGCGGCGCUGACGCUGCACCGGCCCCGCGGCACGGCCGUGCACAUCCACGUGCUCGCCGUGCACCGCGCCUCGCGCCAGCAGGGCAAGGGCUCCAUC